CAAGUUGGAAUGAAUUCCUCAUUAAAAUAACGAAACGUUUGUGUUCACAUCACGUCCACGUCAAGCGCCUUUUUUUCUUCUAUCGUGCGAUAAUAUGUUCUGUUGCAUUAUAAAUUUCCACAAAAUUCGUACGCGCAGUUCGUUGUUAAUUUUUUUCCUCAUCUCAAAUGGCAUCUACUGUCAGAAUUUCUUUGUUAUCAAUUAAUCUCAUUUUUAGUCAAGCUUUGGUGGUUUACUGUAGGCAUUGAAGAAACAUACUGCAAAGUUUUAUUGCAGUAGAAUCAGAUUUAGCCUAGCCUCUAUACCAGUUUUGAAAACGAGGUUUUUUGAAAAAGGGUAGAAAAUGUUUUCUGUUCCCACAUGGCUUGCUACAUUAAGUAAGAGGUCACGAAAGCAGGGUUAAUUUCUUAAAUAAGGAAAUGAAAAGGAAUCGAGGAAAGAAAAGAUCAUCUGCAAGCUUAUAUGAGGGACUCAGCAAAGAUGAGACUCCUUAUCAAAAGCUACUUGGAUCCAUUGACUUCAAGCAGAUGGCCAAAGGAACACUUGGAAAAUUUCUAAAAACAGAAGUUGAAAGCAAGAGAAAUGUUGCUCAAUCACAAGAAGACAUUGAAGCAGAAGUGAAAGAAGACAAAAAUGAAAAAUAUGUGAAUGUGGAAAGCGAUGAAGAUAAAUCAUCUAGCUCAGAUGUGGAAGAAGCAGACAACAUCGAUGAUGAUGAAAAUGAUGUUAAUGAAUCGGAAUCUGAAGAUGAGAAUGACACAGAAGUAAAAGGUGAAGUGGAAACAUAUAAAGAUCCCUUCAAAGUUCACUUUGAGAAUGACAUUGAGGAAGAAGCUGUCAAUAAAUUGAAGGAAGGAAGUUUUGACCGCAGACAGAUGCUUAUUCCAGAUUUUGGUUUAGUAGAUGAUUUUCAUUCUUUGGAUAUAUUUCCAAAAUCUUCAUAUUACUCCACCCUUGAAGAGGCUUCCUUGGUCAAAGCAAAGGUCAAAGAUAAGUUGACUGAAAGAUGGCAUAAAGUAAAUCAGAGUGAAUUGAAACAAGGUACAUUCACUGAGCUUCAGAAUUCGUUGUUCAACCACAUAAAUUGUUAUAAGGACGUGUUUUACUCACAGAGAGAUUUUGACAAUGGUGAAGAAAUUCGAAAACUAUAUUGCCUUCACGCUGUUAAUCACAUUUUAAAAACUAGGUCUCGGAUUCUAAAGAGUAAUGCCAAGAUUGUCCAAUCGCAAAAGGAUAAUACAGAAACUCCCGAAUUCAGAGACCAAGGUCUCGCCCGACCAAAGGUGCUGAUACUGGUACCGUUUCGUGACUGUGCACUUCGAAUCAUCAAUUUGAUUAUACAACUAACACUUCCUACGAACGAAAAGGCCCAGGUUAUGAACAAGAAAAGGUUCUAUGAUGAGUUCAAAGACACUUCGCAGCCUGAAAACAGCCAGCGUUAUAUGCCGGAUGAUUUCAAGGCCAUGUUUAAUGGAAAUACCGAUGACUGCUUUCGUAUUGGAAUAACGGUGAUGAGACGCGCGUUGAAGCUGUUUGGGGAUUUUUACUCGAGUGACAUCAUAGUGGCUUCUCCGCUGGGACUCAGAAUGAUUAUUGGUGGAGAGGGUGAGAAGAAACGUGAAUAUGAUUUUCUGUCGUCAAUCGAAGUGUUGAUUGUUGAUCAAGCUGACGUUUUUCUUAUGCAAAACUGGGAGCAUGUUCUGGAUAUUUUUAAUCAUAUCAACCUUCAACCAAUGCAACCUCGAGAAACUGAUUUCUCUAGAGUAAGAAUGUGGGCUUUAAAUUCAUGGUCAAAACUCUAUCGACAGACCCUGCUUUUCAGUAGUUUUAUCACACCAGAACUGAAUUCAGUUUUCAACAAAUAUUGCAGCAAUUACGCUGGAAAGGUCCGAAUCAAAGCUGCGUCGCUACCUGGCACCGUCAGGCAAGUUGUGCUGCAGAUUCCACAGGUUUUUCAUCGGAUUGAUUGUCAAUCUUUGGAGAAUGAAGCAGAUAAGAGAUUCGAUUACUUUAUUAAAAAGGUCUUGCCCGAGUUAAAUAAUCCAUUGAGCCGGAACACAGCGAUAUUCAUUCCAUCAUACUUUGAUUUUGUUCGCAUACGAAAUUACUUCAAGAAGGAAGAGCUUGAUUUUCUACAGAUAAAUGAGUACUCUGAGCGAUCAAAUAUAUCACGAGCAAGGACCAAGUUCACUCAGAAGCAGUGCCAUUUUCUUCUUUUCACGGAGCGGUUCUAUUUCUUCUAUAGAUAUCGAAUUAGAGGCAUCAGAAAUAUUGUCUUCUACCAGCUACCUCUGUACCCUGUGUUCUUUCCUGAAAUCAUAAACUACAUGGAUGCUGAGAGCUCUUCAAACUCAACAUGCACUGUUUUGUACAGUAAAUUUGACAGCAACAGGCUUGAGGCUAUCACAGGAACGCAGAAAUGCAAACAAAUUAUUGUAUCAUCGAAAAACAUUCACAUGAUUGUUGCCGGCAAUUAAGGACAAUGUUUUUGUAUUUAUAUUUCAUAAUCUUUUUUAAUGCAAAAUAUUUACAAGAAUAACGUAUUUGCCGAUAUUUCUGGCCUUCCGAUUAUUCAAUAAAUGAUCCCUUGAUGACUUAAUGAUUUAAUUUGCCCUUGUUAUUUACUUCUUUUUAAUUACGCCGGGAUUUUUAGAUUUUUUCACCGCACAAUACUUCAGUUAGGAGCAUCGCACUCAUUAAAAAUCCAAUAGUUGAUUUGAAUAUUAUUAAAAACUCGAUGGCUAACGUGUAAUGUUCAGGUUUUACCCAGCUUUCUAGUCUCGUUGUCAUUUUUCUUAUGAUUCAAAUCGAGUAGCUGCCAACCGCCACUCGUUAUUCAUAGUUACUUUUCAAGAGCAAGGCAUUUACUGUUAACAAACUUUUCCAUGUGUACAUAUAUAACAAUAAUUAAAUUUUCAACAGAAUUUAAUCACCACUCUAGAAAUCGUGCUCUGGAAUUGCUAAGCACUUUUUAAUGCUGUAGUGUGCAGAUGUUGAACUAAUUUAUCCUAGUUGCUUCAGUCUCUUUUCUUUUAAGUAUUCUUUAUAUAAGUCCCCACGAAGUUUACAAAAUACUGAAUCAACUGGAUCUAAAAUCUGUAUGAUAAGACAAUCCUCACUCAAAGUUUCUCUCACUUCUCCGAUUUAUUCAUCUUAAUCUUGGUCAGCUUAAUAUCUUUUCUACUUGUGAUUAGUCGGUCUAGCCAUGUUAUCAGUUGGUUUUUAUGUUUAAAAAUACAUGCCUUUUAUUGGUAUCUUUUGUUGAAGAUAUCAUGGCAAAAUAAAAAAUUGUCCCUAGGAUUCUACGGGAAAUCGUAUACUGUCUUGAGUAUUCGCUUAUGUCAUAUAUGAUUACCUGGUUUCGAAUGAUAUGUUACUUUGUAAAAGCUUCUUGACAUCGAUUUUUAUAUGAAAUCGCGCCAAAUAAUCAUAUGAGGAUAAAUAGCCGAAGCUAAAAUGUCUCAAAUCCGUUUUAAUCAUGCAAUCAAUAAAUUUAAAAUUCAGCAAAAUUUGACAGAGACAUGAUUAUCAUUGUAGCCAGAUUGAUUGAAAGAUGUAGUCGGAUCUCGAUGACUAAAUUAUCCAACAAGGAUUUGAUUGCAUCUAGACAACAUGAAGCAGAAUUUGAGAAAUGGCAGAAAGAACUUUUCCCCAAAACUUUUUGGCAGUUAAAUACGAUGCCUGUUGAAAAGGGGCCAGUUAUAACUACGAUCGAAUAAGAAAAUAAUCCUUACAGGUUUAGGUACCUUUCAAACAUCAAGGGGAUGAAAUGCCGUAGAAAAAGUGAAAAUGAACAACAAUAUUUGAAAGUUUGUAGGAAGAAAGGGCACGUGCAGUGAAAUUUGACUAACUAAAACGGUUUGGUUGUAUUUCAUUGUGGUAUAUGUAUUAAAUUUCGUUAACAUGGUUGAUUAGGGAAAGAGGAAUGUAAAAAUUAAAUAAAUAGAAAAUAUGGCAAAGCAGUAAAUAGAAAAGGUCAAAGAAGGAGUUCAAUUAAGACAGCCAUGUCCAGAGUCACCGAUAAUUUCAACCCCGAAACUGGCUAAUCAUAAGUUGUAAAUUGACAAUCAAAGGGUAUAU